CAUUAAAAAAACAGGAGUGUCAAAUAAAAUGAAAAAGUAAUUUUAAGGUGGUUCAGUUGAGUGUGAGUGUGCGUCGGCAGAUCUGGGCAAACAGCUUAAAAUUCCCAAACGCGUCACGUCUGUUGAAAAAGCAGUAGACAGACAAAACAGCAAAUCUCCAUUUCCACACUCUCAGAUUCCUCUCCAUUUUAGUUAGUUAACCACACAAAACUAACAAAUCACACUAAAAAAAAAUACAAAAUAUAAGUAGUAACUUUGUUGAUCAAUGGCGUUAAAUCAAGCAGGAGGAGGAGGAAGAUCAUCAGUAUGUAGUCCAAAAGUGUUGAAAACAGUGUUGGGUCUUAUGGGAAUAAGCUUAGUAGCUUAUAUUUUGGGUCCACCUUUGUAUUGGCAUUUGAUGGAAGGUUUAGCUGCUGUUAGCCGUUCUUCUUCUGUUGCCACUUGUCCUCCUUGUCAUUGUGACUGCAAUUCCGAACCAUUCUUUGUCAUUCCUCCAGGUUUGAGCAAUGCUUCUUUGACAGAUUGUGCUAAGCGUGAUCCAGAGGUUGGUGAAGACACAGAAAAGAACUUUGCUGACUUGUUGUCUGAGGAACUUAAAUUGCGAGAAGCUGAGGCCUCAGAAAAUCAGCGGAAGGCCGAUAUGGCGCUUCUUGAAGCAAAAAAGUUGACAUCCCAAUAUAUGAAAGAAGCAGACAAGUGCAAUUCUGGAAUGGAGACGUGUGAAGAGGCAAGGGAAAAAGCUGAGCUUCUCUUACUGGAACAAAAGAAACAGACUGCUAUCUGGGAGACGAGGGCACGUCAAAAAGGAUGGAAAGAAGGGGCAGCCAAGUCUCGAACUCAGUCUCAGGGAAAUGUACAGACUAUGUAACAUGUCCAUGGCCUCAAGUAGCAUUUCUCUACUUGAUUUGAUGCCAGGUUCCGGUGCAACAAAGUUGUCUGUAAUUGAGUCUCAGCUCAAAAUGUGUUGGCAUAUGAAUUGAUUCCAUUUGUUUUGAACCAUAUGGCCGAUUUUAGUUUAGAGGCACUAUAUAAUCUUUAUCUCUGUAUGCCUAGCCAUCUGAAAAGUUACACUAUAAGGCAAAGCCUUUCUAUGUAUCCUGCUGAGUUAAAAUUCCACUAGUAAAAGUUGAGUGAAGAUUGUUAUCAA